UUCCAGCUGUUUUCUGUAAUUCCACAGAAGUUCCUAAGCCUUAGUCGUAGCCCUUGCUGGUACCAGAAAUAUGAUGGGAAUUACAGCACUGAUCCCUAUGGGAAAAAUGGCUAUUCCUUAUAUGCCAAACGUUUACACGCCAUUUUUGAAGAGAUGCGGCAAGGGUUCCAGGAGCGACUUCAGCUGAUUGAGGGGCAGCAUUACCGCUUGCGUUGUUUACCCCACUUCUACAUCAUUGGGCAGCCCAAAUGUGGCACUACAGACCUCUAUGACCGCUUACGUCUGCACCCUAAUGUCCAAUUCUCUGUCAUCAAGGAGCCUCACUGGUGGACCAGGAAACGUUUUGGAAUUGUGAGACUAAAGGAGCCAUUCCACAAACCCUUCCCAUUGGAGGAUUACCUGGACUUGUUCGAUUGGGCAGCACAGAAAAUCCAAGAUUUUCAUAGUGAAGACUCAGAAGGAGAGGCAAGGAUGAGGGAUCCCAUUGUUAUAGGAGAAGCCAGUGCGUCCACCAUGUGGGACAAUAGUGCCUGGUCUUAUUUCUAUGAUAAUGUCACCAACACAGAACCGCCUGUUCUCAUCCAAGACUUCAUUCAUGCCUUCCAGCCACGAGCCAAGUUCCUCAUCAUGCUCCGGGAUCCGGUGGAGAGGUUGUAUUCAGACUAUUUGUACUUCGCUAUUGCAAACAAGUCUGCCGAGGACUUCAAUGACAAAGUGAAUGAGUCUCUGCAGAUGUUUGACAGCUGCCUGCAAGGCUCUUCUCUCCGAGCUUGUGCUUACAACAACAACACCACCUUCAGUAACAUCCUACCGGUGCGGCUCCAUGUUGGUCUGUAUGCAAUAUAUCUGUGGGACUGGCUGUCCGUCUUUAACCUUGAUCAGUUUCUCAUACUCCGGCUGGAAGAUCACGCAGCCAACACCACGCAGAGCAUGAGGCUUGUGUACCAGUUCCUUGGUCUUGGACCUUUGAAUAAUGAACAGGAGGCUUCGAUAAGCCAGAAACAAGCAUCGAACAGCCGCCGCCCGGAGGACUGUAGCCUGGGACCCAUGCUCCCCAUUACCAGACAGCUUCUUAUAGACUACUAUAGACCCUAUAACCAAAAAUUAGCACAGCUGCUUUCAAACAGUGCUUUCCUCUGGGAGAGGUAG